AUGGCUCGAGUAGGUGUUGUUCUAAAGGAUACCAAGAUAUUGGAUUACCAUAGGGUGUCAGAGAUCUUUGAAAAUUGUUUGGAUAGUUUCAGUUGUAAUGGUCCUGAUCAAUUGGAUAUUGUUAUCCUGGAUGAGUUUCGCUCCUAUGUCCAUUUAGAUGAGACUUUGGGAAAGCUGUAUAAUAUUAGUCGUGAAGUAUUAUUGACAAGAUCACUGCAUAUGUUACCUAUAAAUAUCUAUUUUGAAUCAUUCGAUAGUAAUGAAUGUCAUUGGGAUAUAUUAUUUGUUAGUGACGAGAAAGAUUUGAGUAAGUUUCACUAUGCUGAGUAUAAAUUGUUUGAAUUACCAAUUUUGAAAAAUGUUGAAGUUUCAACAAAAUAUGAUGGUAAUGGCGAUCAAGAUAAGUAUGAGGUUUCUGCGUUAGGAGGAACGUUUGACCAUAUACACGAAGGACAUAAAAUAUUGUUAAGUAUUGCCAGUUAUUUGACAUCAUCUAGAUUGAUUAUUGGUGUGACUGAUCAAGAGUUGUUGGUCAAUAAGAAAUAUAAGGAAUAUCUUGAGAAUUUUGAUGAACGUUGUAACAAUGUUAUAGCUUUUUUGAAGGUGUUAAAACCUACACUUAAAGUCGAAAUAGUUCCUUUGAGAGAUGUAUGUGGGCCAACGGGUCGAGUACCAGAGAUCCAAGCACUUGUAGUCAGUAGGGAAACGAUUGAAGGAGGUAAAGUAGUCAACAAGACAAGACUUGAAAAGGGGAUGAAAGAAUUAGAUAUAUGUGUUGUAAAUGUUUUAGGUGGACAUGAUGAAGAUGACUGGAGUGAAAAAUUGAGUAGCACAGAUCUAAGAAAAAUCAUUAAAGAAACUUCGUCAGCAUGA